CUUCACGCUCCCAUUGCUCGCUCUACCUUCCAACUCCCCUCUUUCUCUCUUCAAAUCCUACUACUGCAGUGUCUACAUCCCAUUUCUGCUCUGCUAGCUCGUUGACCCAACCGCGAAGCUGACCGCCUGCCGCUGAAGCCAUCGUGAUACGUGACGUGCACUGCCGGCCGAGCUGUUUUUAGUGCCAUUGCUGGGGUGUCUGGCACUUACUAAAGGUCACCUCUGUCCCGAUCCCGCACUUCGUCUCAGAGCAGAACCUUUCACCCUCACCUCUCGCCACAAAAAACCCACAAACCUUCUUCUCGUUUCCUCCCUCCUUUGCAAUUCCCUCAUAACCCUUCCUCACUUGCCUGCACUUGUCGUGACGGACUUGCUGCCUGCCACCUCGCCUGUGCUCUCCGUGGCGUGCCAAUUCGACGCGACCGUCAUCACCCACCACCAUGGUUGUCUUUGACGGACACGAGUACCUUACUGAAGAGGAGAAGCGCCUCAGACAGGACAGGAAGCGCGAGAAGUACUGGAAGAAAUGGGGUCCCUACGUCGCUGAGCGCCAAUGGGCCACCGUGCGAGAGGACUACAGCCCCGACGGGGACGCGUGGAGUCACUUUACCCACGACGACGCGCGAUCCCGAGCCUACAGAUGGGGUGAGGAUGGAAUUGCGGGCGUUUCCGACACCCACGGCCUCCAGAACCUGGGCUUUGCUUUCUGGAACGAGCAAGAUGAUUUCCUCAAGGAGAGACUGUUUGGUCUCUCGAACCCGCAGGGCAACCAUGGCGAGAGUAUCAAGGAAGCCCAUUUCCACGUCGACAACACACCUACGCACUCUUACAUGAAGUUCCUGUACAAAUACCCGCAGAAGAAGUUCCCCUAUAAGGACCUCCUGGACGAGAACGCGAGGAGAGGCAAGGAGGACAAGGAGUACCAGAUUGUCGACACAGGCAUCUUUGAAGAAGACCGGUACUGGGACAUCUUCAUUGAGACAGCAAAGGAGACGGACGACCCCGAAGAGAUUCUCUUCCGUGUCACCGCGUGGAACAGAGGCCCUGACCCGGCACCGCUCCAUAUCGUGCCGCACAUGUGGUUUCGCAACACGUGGGCCUGGGGCCGCGAGCCCGAAGACAAGAAGCCGUCCAUCGAGCACCUUUCCGAGGGGCUGGCCAAGUCUAAGCACCACUCGCUGGGAGAACGCUACUUCUUGAUGUCGCCCUCGCCCGGCGUCGGCACUAGCGGGGAGGACGUUCUGCCCAAGAUGAUGUUCACUGACAACGACACCAACUACGAGCUGUUGUAUGGACAGAAGAACAAGACCCCCUACGUCAAGGAUGCCUUCCACCGGUACAUCUGCGAGGGCGAAAAGGGGGCCAUCAACCCCGAGGAGAAGGGCACCAAGUGCGCCGCCUGGUUCAGCUUCAACGAGGACGGCGGUGUUCCCCCUGGCGAGUGUGCUGUUGUCCGUUUCCGCUUUUCCAAGAAGAACCAGACCUACUUCGACGAAGGCGACUUCGAUGACCUGAUUGAUCUCAGAAUCGCCGAGGCCGACGACUUCUACUACCGUCUCAGCCCUCUCCCCAUGGCCGACGACCUCCGCAACAUCCAGCGCCAGGCCUUCUCCGGCAUGAUGUGGACGAAGCAGCACUACCUCUUUAUUUGGGACCAGUGGGCGAAUGGUGACCCGACGCAGCCCCCUCCACCCCCGAGUCGCAAGGAUAUUCGUAAUUCUCAGUGGAAGCAUAUGCACUGCGACGACAUCCUGUCGAUGCCCGACUCCUGGGAGUACCCCUUCUUCGCCGCCUGGGAUAGUGCGUUUCACUGCAUCACAUUGGCCAUGAUGGACCCGGACUUCGCGAAGAAGCAGCUCGACCUUUUCACAAGAGAGUGGUACUGCCACCCCAACGGUCAAUUACCGGCAUAUGAAUGGAACUUUGGCGACGUGAACCCCCCUGUCCAUGCUUGGGCCACGUUUCGUGUGUUCAAGAUUGAGCGCAAGCUUUACGGACGCCAGGAUCUGGAUUUCCUCGAGAGGGUGUUCCAGAAGCUGUUGUUGAACUUCACCUGGUGGGUCAACCGCAAAGACGCCGAGGGCAAGAACGUCUUCGAGGGAGGCUUCCUCGGUCUUGACAAUAUUGGACUCUUCAACCGCUCCGAGCCUCUCCCUACCGGCGGCUCUCUGGAGCAGGCUGACAGCACUGGCUGGAUGGCCUUCUACUGCCUCAGCAUGCUCAACAUUGCGCUUGAGCUGGCGAAGCACCGACGGACGUACGAGGAUAUCGCGUCCAAGUUCUUCGAGCACUUCAUCUUCAUCAGCGACGCCAUGACUUUCAGGACCGGCCAGAAGGAUGAGAAGUCUCUGUGGAACGACGAGGAUGGCUUCUACUACGACGCCAUCUCGUGGGGAGGUCCCUGGAUCCAGCAGCUUCCGGUCCGGUCCCUCGUCGGCCUGAUACCACUCUACGCGACCUUGACCCUUGAGCCUGAGCUGAUUAACAAACUGCCUUCGUUCAAGAAGCGGGUGGACUGGUUCAUUGAGAACCGCUGUGACCUGGCCGAGAGAAACAUGGCCAGCAUCGCCAAGCGCGGUAAGGGCAACAGAAUCCUGUUGUCCAUCGUCAGCAAAGACAGGCUCGAGAAGAUCCUCUACCGUAUGCUCGACGAGAAGGAGUUCUUCAGUGAGCAUGGUAUCCGAUCAUUGUCAAAGUACCACAAAGAGCAUCCGUUCUCGAUGGAAGUCAACGGGCAGACGUUCUCCGUCGGCUACGUCCCCGGUGACUCCGACAGCGGCCUCUUUGGCGGCAACAGCAACUGGAGAGGCCCGAUUUGGUUGUGCGUCAACUUCCUCCUGGUCGAGUCUCUCCAGAGGUUUUUCCUGUUUUACGGACACGAGUUCCAGGUUGAGUGUCCCACUGGUAGCGGUGAUUACAUGCAUCUGGGUCACGUUUCCGAGGAGAUACAGCACCGGCUGCAGCAUCUGAUGACCCGCAACGACGAGGGCCGCCGCAGCAUCAACGCUGGUAACGACCUGCUCGACUUCGACCCCUACUGGAAGGACUACCUCUGGUUCUAUGAGUUCUUCGAUGGCGACAGCGGUCGCGGGCUUGGAGCCACGCACCAGUGUGGUUGGACUGGCCUGAUGGCCCGGAUGAUCCACGACACCGGUAUCAACUGCCGUCUGCCUCACACUCCCCGAACUCCCUCGGCUGGAAUGUCGCACUACUUUGAUGACAUAUUCGCUCGCGGCACUGACCGUCGCGGCUCCAUGACGCCGGGCCCCGGUGGCAAGCCUCGAAUGCGGAGGUCGUCCACAGCAAGGUCCAUUGGCGCGAGGAGCGAUUUUGAUGAGACCAACGGCGAUGACUCGCUGGGCAACUCAACCACGCUGGACGAUCCUGAGAAGCUCCGCCAGAAGAUGAGGGAGCAGUCGGAGGCAGACCAACAUAUGCACCGAUACAUCUCGGACCAGCUCGAGCGUUUCAAGGAAGACAAGGAGCAUGUGAGUGGAAAAGACAACGAGUAUGAGGCUGGCGCCUAGAUUCCAAAGAAGGCAGACGGUCACCAGGCAGGCAGUGAACAGUAGAGCCUUUAUGGGUUUCCUUGCGUACGAAUGACGACGAAAACUGCGACCAGUGCACAUAGAGCCAUGUACUGGACUAUUAGACUGCAGAGGUAGAUUUAUCCACACUUAGGUAAACUUAGAAUGGAUGGGGCUUCCAUGAUAUGAUGCUGCCGUGUUCAUCGUGCUUCUGUUAGUUGCCAAGGGAUGGCACGGAAGCUGGAUAGUCUCCCUGUAAGCUUAUGCCCUCGCCACAAUGCAAGGCGGUUAUGCCCGGACAAGUACAUUCAUUGGCAUAUGCUUGAACGUGAGGGACCCUCGAGUAAAGAGCCUGGUGGUGUUUCCGAGAUAUGGUGGUUAUUCGUUGACAUGACGUCGGCGACGGAAGUCAUGCAUAAGCCGCUACACGUCCAACGAGCGA